UUGUUCACCAACUCCCUCCCGGCUCGCCACCUUCAAGCUCUCGCUCAUCGACAACCACGCCCCGCCCCGCCCCUCUACGUACCUUUCAUCUUCUUCUAUCCUCCAACCGCUCCCACAAAACAACAAGACAGAUUCCACACCCUCAAGUCCUCACUCGCCCAGACCCUCACGCGCUUCUACCCGCUCGCCGGCAGAAGGAGGGCUUUGAAUUGGUUCAUGGACGCCAACGACGAUCCCGCGCCAGACCUUUCCCUACUCUCCAGCAAAACCUGCAACAAAUCCUUCUUCUCUUUACCCUCCUCCGUAAUCAACGACCCUUCACCAUCGAAACGUUUCUGA